AUGUGUCAUUCAUAAAAGGGGCGGGGCUUAUCUGUAUCUGACCAGUUGUUUCUGUUUACCGCUUACGGCUAGGCUAACAACAUCAUACCUAUCUAGUCUGUUGCGUUCUUAUAACGACCCCAAAUAACAAGAAAGUUUGAAUAAAACAAGUUGCAUAAAAUAUUACAUUUUUCUUAUUUAAAAAAAUUCUGAAAAAGAAUUCCAUUCGACUCGGAAGAAGGCGUGUUCGGUAGAGCUAACGGUUUUGAGCCAAGGCCAGAAAAGGUAGCCACGAGAAAGAAGGACUAAACUAGGAAAAAGGGGUGUUUGUUUAUUUAUUAUUAUUAUUAUUUCUCUGGACUCGUGCCACCAAAAUGAGAGGUUCUUAUGGAGACAGAGAUAGAGACCGAGGUCGUGACAGAGGUAGUCCUCGCUUUGGGUCCAGUCGAGGCGGAGCACCUGGUAAAAAGUUCGGAAACCCGGGUGAUCGUUUGCGCAGGAAGAAAUGGGAUCUGGAUCAGCUGCCCAAAUUCGAGAAGAACUUCUAUAGUGAACAUGCUGAAGUGGAGCGAAUGAGCCAGUUUGACGUGGAGGAAUUUCGUCGGAAGAAGGAAAUAACAGUUCGUGGAUCCGGAUGCCCAAAGCCGCUCACCAGCUUCCAUCAGGCCCAGUUUCCCCAAUAUGUGAUCGACGUGCUGAUGCAGCAGAAUUUCAAAGAGCCCACAGCCAUCCAGGCGCAGGGCUUCCCUCUGGCUCUCAGUGGAAGGGACAUGGUGGGAAUCGCUCAGACUGGCUCUGGGAAGACUUUAGCGUAUCUCCUGCCUGCCAUAGUUCACAUCAAUCAUCAGCCUUACUUGGAUCGAGGAGAUGGACCCAUUUGUCUGGUUUUAGCUCCAACAAGAGAACUGGCUCAGCAGGUCCAGCAGGUGGCAUGCGAUUAUGGGAAAUCAUCCCGGAUCAAAAGCACUUGUGUAUAUGGGGGCGCUCCCAAGGGACCUCAGAUCCGGGAUCUGGAGAGAGGUGUUGAGAUCUGCAUCGCCACUCCAGGUCGUCUGAUUGACUUUCUUGAGUCAGGAAAGACCAACCUGCGGCGCUGCACCUACCUCGUUCUGGAUGAAGCUGACCGCAUGUUGGACAUGGGCUUUGAGCCGCAGAUUCGCAAAAUUGUGGACCAGAUCAGGCCAGACAGACAAACGCUCAUGUGGAGCGCCACCUGGCCUAAAGAGGUGCGGCAGUUGGCAGAAGACUUCCUUAAAGAGUACGUUCAGAUUAACAUUGGAGCUCUGGAGCUGAGUGCCAAUCACAACAUCCUGCAGAUCGUGGACGUUUGUACGGAGAGCGAAAAGGACCAAAAGUUGAUCCAGCUGAUGGAAGAGAUCAUGGCCGAGAAGGAGAACAAGACCAUCAUCUUUGUAGAGACCAAGAAACGCUGUGAUGACCUCACACGCAGGAUGAGGCGUGACGGGUGGCCAGCAAUGUGCAUUCAUGGAGAUAAGAGCCAGCCAGAGAGGGACUGGGUGUUGUCGGAGUUCCGUAGCGGUAAAGCUCCCGUCCUCAUUGCGACUGACGUGGCUUCACGGGGUUUAGAUGUGGAGGAUGUCAAGUUUGUCAUCAAUUACGACUAUCCAAACUCAUCCGAGGACUACAUCCAUCGCAUCGGCCGCACCGCCCGCAGCACUAACAAAGGCACGGCUUACACCUUCUUCACUCCGGGGAAUGUCCGGCAGGCCCGGGAGCUCGUCCGGGUGCUGGAGGAGGCCCGCCAGGCCAUCAACCCCAAACUGCUGCAGCUGGUUGAGACCGGACGGGGAGGAGGCGGGGGAGGCGGCCGCUCCCGUUUCCGUGGCUCCAACUCAAACAAUCCCAAUCUGAUGUAUCAGGACGAGUGUGAUCGGCGGAUGCGCUCCGUGGGUGGAGGCAGCAGCAGCAAGGAGGGAAACGGCUACGGCAGAGAUAACCGUGGAGGAGGAGCCGGCCGUGACGGAGACCGCUCCUCUUCCUCCUCCUACAGAGACCGGAGCGGCAGAGACGGGGGCCGCAUCUCCAACUCCCACGACCAGUACCAGAACAACGACCUGUACGGCGGCACCAGGGCUGGCGCAGCGACAGGCGGGGUUCCAGGGGUGCAGGCCCCGCCUCCUCUAACAGGCCCCCAGCCGUUAAUGGCCCAGCAGUUCAACCCGCCUCAGCCCAUGAUGGGCCUAAUGGGCCAAGCCUCCUUCCAGUUUGUUCCUCCUCCUCCACCGUCGAUCCCAAACAGGAAAUGAUGUCACACUGCAGACGGGACUUGGACCAACGUCAGCAACUUAACCCUUGUGUUAUCUUAGAUGGCCCCACCCUCACAUUGACGUGUUCUCCCUACCAUGACAAAGGUGGAAAGAUUUCAUGUAAUCCAUGGACACCAGUGAAGAUCACAAAUCAUUGAAGAAAAAAGGUUCAGAGCACUGUCUAGUGGGUCUAGAUGACCCUACUCCCAAUGUCAAAGUGCCUAGGAUAGCACAAGGGUUAAAAGCUUUGCAUUGUUCAGGUCGCAGGCGUUUAGACCGGGACAGAACGGAAAAAUGGCCGGAUGAUUUUUAAGUUUGUCAUUUUAGUUUGUGUGUGUGUGUGCGUCAUCGUGUGUAACAGGUAGGUGCUUAAGUUUAUAUACGUUUAAUUUCCUUUUUGUCCUUAAACUUAAAUAUUAAAACUUUUGAGCUUUCAGUUUUAAGCCAAAUUAUGAGAACUUUAGCUUUGUUUUUCCCCACAUUUCCCUUUUUUCAGCAACACAUUGGAGUUUAACAGCAAGUCUUUGCUUCAGUGGUCGAGAUGUUCUUGGUUCACUGCGGUUUAAUAAACGUAUUCGGUGCA